AUGUCCUGCUCCAGCCUGUGUGUCCCCAGCUGCGGGGUGGCCACCCCGGCCCCUCUGGCUGACACCUGCAACGAGCCCUGCGUGCGGCAGUGCCCCGACUCCACGGUGGUGAUCCAGCCCCCGGCCUCGGUGGUCACCUUCCCCGGGCCCAUCCUCAGCUCCUUCCCCCAGCAGAGCGCCGUGGGCUCGGCUGGAGCUCCCUACGUGGGAGCUGGCUCCGGGGGCUCCUUUGGAGGCCGUGGUGGCUACGGGGGCUACGGAGGAUUUGGUGGCUACGGUGGCUACGGGGGUUGGGGCUAUGGAGGCUAUGGAGGCCGUGGUGGCUACGGAGGAUGGGGUUAUGGAGGCUAUGGAGGCUACGGGGGCUAUGGGAGCUGUGGCUACGGGGGCUGGAGCAGUGGCCACCGCUACCUCAAUGGCAACUGUGGGCCCUGCUAA